GGGUAGAACUGGAAGAAAACCAAUGCUUUUGGAGAGAUAAGGGAGAGAGGGAUUCAGAUCUUUCUAAAACAUACAGAGAACCUAAAAGUGUAUAAGAUCUGACUUCUGAGAUAUGCAACUUCAUUCUUUCUUCAUCCUUGUUCUGGGAGUGUCGUUAGUGAGAAUGUCGGAUCCUGAGCAAUGCAUAUGUGAAGAAAAAGCAAAUACUUGUACUGUUCUUGCUGGGACUCAUGGCUUGCCUGGCAUUCCUGGAAGUCAUGGAUUACCCGGGAAGGAGGGAAUCCAAGGGCCUAAAGGCGAACGAGGAGAGCAAGGAUUGCAAGGGACACAGGGAUUCCCAGGAAAAUUUGGGCCUCCUGGACCUAAAGGAGAUCCAGGUGACAAAGGACAAGAAGGUGACAGUGAAGGCAGAGAACUAGAACGUCUUAAGGCUCAUAUUGGUGAUUUAGAAGCACAGCUAAACGUGUCACAACUGACUGCAAGAAAAACUCAAAGAGCCAUUUUAGGUCAUAUUUUCCCAAACAGCACAAGAACAGGAGAAAAAAUAUUUGUGCACAAUGGAGCUAGAGGUAAUUUUGAAACUUCAAAAGCAACGUGUUAUCAUUAUGGUGGCCAGCUUGCUUCUCCAAGAAAUGUGGAAGAAAACCAGGCCAUACUGAAACUUGCUGCAACCCUAAGUAGUCAUGUAUUCCUUGGAAUGAAUGUUCAGAAGACAGAAAGAGUAUUUAAGCAUCUUAAUGGUGACCCAAUGGAAUACUCAAACUGGGCACCAGGAGAGCCCAAUGGGCCAACUGAGGACUGCAUAGAACUGUAUAAGGAUGGCAAGUGGAAUGACAUUAACUGUGGUAAUACCCGCCACAUAAUUUGUGAAUUCUAGUUGUUGAGGACAGUCCACCUCAACAUAUCAGAACCAAAGGUACCAACUCAGAAGUAUGUGGAAUUGAGGCCAGUGUCUGAUUUCAUUUUAUAUUAAGAAAUGAAAUAAUACCUGAACUCAGGGUGAACUGACAUACCAGAUCUCAACUGCUCUGUGAAGGAGGAAGCAAUCCAGCAUUGUUUUGUGAAAUGGAUACUCAAGAAGGCACAAAAGCUAGGCCUGAGCUAAUCAUAUGCUAAAAUGCAACUCACUACCAGAUAAUGUCUAUGGAAGAGGCCAGGGGCUGACCUCCCCUCCCCUGUUGCAAGUUAAUCCUUGUCAACGAUUAACUCAAUUGCUCUCUAUAGAGAUUCAACAUAGGUAAAUGCAUACAAAGCAAAUACCUGUAGACUUUACAGGAUGCUUCUGCCUUAGUCAAAUGUAUAGAUUAACUCGUCUCACACAUGUACCCCUUUUUAUGUUACUUUAAAUAUUCUCUUGUUAUAAUUACACACUAGAUAGAGGUACACAAGAAAUAAUGUAAUUGCUGUCUCACAAAAAUAGAACUAAUUCUCUCACUAACUCCUAACUUUUAACACCUUUUGGGGUCAGACUGGCAAAUCGGGGAAGAUGCAAUUUGUAGCUCAGAGAUGCAGAUUUGCUUUGGGCAAUGUCCCCCCCCCAAGCGCACAGUUUACAGAAGAUGAGAUUGAGAUCUCUCUGGACUGGCCAAUAUCCUGAAUAAUUAAAAAGACAUUGUCCAGAAGGUAGCAGCAAGUUGUCACCUUUUUGGGACCCAGGAAAAGAUGAGAUUUGAAUAGACUCUAUGAGAGAGAUAUCAAAAGAAAAUACAACUAUAAAGAAUGAGGCUACUGGACAGAGAGUUAGCAGUCUUGUGCCUACGGGCAAUCUUGUGCCUACAGCAAGAUCUGCUCACAGCAAUGCCAGAGUUUGCUGCUAAGCUGCAGGGCUAGAAGCAGGAACUCUGUCCAUGAACAGGAACUGUCUCCUACAAGCAGUCUUGUGCCUACGGGCAAUCUUUUGCCUACAGUAAGCGCUGCUCACAAGGAUCCCAGAGUUCGCUGCUAAGCCGCGGGCAACAGCAGGAACUCUGUCCAUGGACAGGAGCUGUCUGUGACUUCUACUGCUCAGUGAGAAGUCAAGACUUCCCCAGCCAUGGUGCUCUGACUCUCAGCCAUGAUCCGAGCAACUGCUAAAACUCCUGUUUCAGCCAAGAACCUUGCUCCUUCAGCUGAAGCGAUCCAUCGCUCUCAAGUCUCUCUGGUCCUGGUAAUAUGCUGCUCCUUACAAGCCUUGGGCCCCUCCAUCUUUUCCCCUCCUUCUCCUUCCCCCCACCCUUUUCCUCUACUAAUUCCUGAACCAUGCCAGCCCUCAGCUUUCCUUACACCCCCCCCCUUCCCCAUCUAUAUCUGAAUUGUAUUAGGCUCUAGGAAGAUUUAAUGCACACACAUAUGUUAGUUAGGAACACGUUGAAUAUUGGUGCUGGCUAGGAUGUUCUGUUUAAAUGCUGUUAGUAAUAUAUUGAUAGAGUGUCCUGCUUUCUGCUCAGUUUGAUUGAUGUUGUUAUUCUUUUAUACUCAAUAAAGCCCAUUGAAUCUUU